CGGCACGCCGGUUUGACAGGCGACGCUUUCCGCUAUUUUUCACACGUUGACAUUCUAUAUUUUUAAACUGUGCUAUUGAGUGAUUGAAAUAAAUAUAAAAAAUAAUUUUAAAAUUAUAAUAUUAUUUUAUUAUAAUAUAAAAAAUGACAGCAAAAAUGCGUUGUAAACUAUUAGUGUUGCUUUUAUUUUUUGGGUGUGCAAAAAUAGAAGCAAAGUCGGAUGAAAAGAGUAACGUCAGUGCCGAAGUUAAAUCUACAAAUAAAAUGAUUCAAAACGACGGCGCGGCGUUGCUGUUCGCUGACGAAUUGAAGCAAGUGAUCCAGAGGUAUAUGUUCGGUAUAUGUCCACAGCCGUACAAGUCGCGUUGGUCGCAGAUGGUGGGCAGCAAGAAGAACAGCACCACCCCGACUUGCGACCUGGAUACUGAUCAGCAGGACCUUGCUGGCAGACUUGCAACACUCGCGUUGCGUGUACACUCCGUGUCCCGCACGGACUGCGCACGGUUCGGCGCCGCACUCGCGAACACGUUCGGAGAGCUCGCUCGCACUGCGUCCAAUAGACAAGUGCUAGCUGCCGCAGUCGCGAAUGAGAAAAAACGAAAAUUGUCGAAGAGUCAAAAGGCGAAAAUCGCCGCGAAACAGCGAACAGCGCUCGCCGUCAAAAAGAAGGCAGCCGCCGUCGCCGCUGCAGCUGCUGCCAAAAUGGCCACAUAAUAUUUUAAUAUUAACAUAUUUUUUAAAAUAGUACUGUAAUUAAAUUUUUUAAUUUUUAAAAUAUAACAAAACGAUUACACCACAUAAUUAUUUCCUUUAUAGAAAAUGAUAAAUAUAUAUUUAAUUUAUUAAGUUAUUUAUAUAUCGUAAAUCGUUAUAUAAAUAAUUUCAUCGAUAAUUUUUAGGUCAUUUUAGAAAAAAAAAACAUUCAAUGCAACUGAUUUUAAAGUCAGCAAGAUAUUAAUUAUGAAAACAAAUUCCGCGUAUAACAACUUAAUACAAUGUGUAUUAAGUUUUUAGACUAUUGAGUUGCUUUAACUUGCAAUCUUAUCUAAAUAAUAAUAAUAAUAAUAAUAGUCUAAGCAUUAUAUCCAAUGUGGAAUCUUAGCUUUUCGUUCGUCCGUUCAUUCGUUCAAAAUGGACUAAAACAAUUAUGUCAAGUGAAUCAAUGUAUCCAAAAAAAUACUCGUGUAAAUUAAAAAUGAAAACAAUUCAGUAAAAAUAUUUUUUUAAUUUUUAGUCUACCAAAGCUAGAUUUUAAUUAUUAAAAAAGAUGUCUUAUUUAUAAGUUUAAUGUGUAACUUAUUUAUAAGUUUAUUUAAAUUAAAUGUUA